AUGUCAACUGUUGAGAUUCUGUAUGGAAAUUUCGAAGCAGCGGAAGCUCAUCUGUUUGGUAUAUAUAAACUGUAUGAAGUACUGAACUACGAGCAAGAAUUUUCCAAUGAACCCGUUUUACGCAAGUCAGUAGGUUUUGCGGAUCUGUUUCUCGCAUCUGCCCUUGGAAGUCUUCCAAAGUUCCCAUUAUUCCACUCAUACGAUAUCUCCCUUCCUCAAAGAAUAUACAAUGAGGCAAUAAAACCACAACCGCAUCCCGUCGUCGCCACGCGGUGCGGUGGAUCUGUAGCCCAGGCAUUCAACUACCUUAGGCUUGCGGUAUGUGCCAUUCGGGCCGAGUCAAUACCACCGGAAACUAUACGCAUGUUGAUCAAUGUCGCGGAUAUCAAGCUUCUGGAGAUAUUGCAUGGUGAAGUGGCAGAUCCACCCUCGGCCAUGUCCUCCAGCAUUGUUAAUCUUGUUACGCGUGCUGCCCAUCUAUUUCUUUACAUUUCUAUCAGGCAAAUUCCUAUCAGGGCCAGCCUCAUCUGCACGAUGAGAGACAGAUUGUGCGAUGCCAUGGAAGAAGUUAUCACGCAAACUGAGAUAUGUACAGACUGCCCCGAGGUGGUGGCAUGGGCAGCAUGUGUCGGACUUCUUGGCACAUGGGGAGCGGUUUCGGGGAUAAGCUCUGCUCGGGCAAACUUUCUGACUGUUCUUGAUAGCCUUGGACUAAAGGACUCGAGAGAUUUGCCAUGGAUGUCUGAUGAUAAGUUAUCUUCUCUCCUAUGGGACGCAGAACGCUGUAGCCUGCAUUUCCGAGGCAUCAUUGAGGAAUGGAUUCAUGGAGGGACAAGUGAGUAA